CGAUUCACCUCAAGAAUAUAGUAUGUGUCUAUAUAGUACACGGGCUUGAAACGAAGUGGCGAUGCUUCAUGAAUGCUACAUAAAUGGUACGCAAUGCCAAAUAUACAAAAAGUAAAGCAUACUUUUGAGCGGAACAAGAAAAAUUUGUACUCCUACCCACAGCUUCUCUAGCUCCACAUCCGUAAGCCCCACCCCGCCCAUUUUCCUUAAUUUGAUGCGGAAAUGUACCUUCUUCCCUAUUUCUAUAAUGGAAAACUUGCAACUUGAGACUUGGAGCGCCGUUGCCGCGCCGUUCUCGUUUGAGAAGUGUCCGCCCAGGGGAAGAUGACUAUUCCACCGUUACUAUACUGAGUGGAGUGGAUUGGGAUGUACACAAUGAAUGUACUCACCACAUGGCGAGUCGUCGCCACCGAAGCAAGCGCAAUUUUCUGCAAGGCGAUCUUUCGCUGGAGCGCUGAGACAUUUCGCACCUUAUUUGCUUUCGGUAUUAGGCUAAAAGUGUGAAUUGUUUAUAAAGAGAUUACAAAACGAAGACAAAAUGAUCUGUGGGCCGCAGUGUUCGACUUUUGCUGCCAUAAAAACAUAAAAAAAAGCAUCACUUUAAAAGAAAACCAACGCAGCGCUGCGGAUAAUUGCCAAAAGAAAGUUUCCCUAGGUCUCACGACUCACGGCCUCGGCAUAAAAGGCCGUACCGGGGAGCCGGAAGCAAACAGUCACCCAACGAGAUCGCUACCAAAAUGACCAACUUUAUCGCGAAGAAAUCCCUCCUGGUGCUCUCCCUGCUCUUGCUGGGCACCGUUCAAGCUCAACCUUUAGAGGAUCACCACGGACGCGAGCAGCGCCAACUGAAGGGCGGCCCAGGAGCCAACACGGAUGCGGAUGUGAAGAUGGUGGCCAAUGUUACGCCGGCGGCAGCCACCUCCAUGCAGAUGGGUAUGGGCCUGUCCCUGCCGAUGAAUCAGAUGGCCCUGAAUGCAGUCGGUACUCAGCUGGUGCGGUAUCCCAACUAUCCGGGGCUGAUCUACGCCCCGGGCAUCGCUCAGGGAUCUCUGAAUGGAUUGAGUGGCCUGCAGACGAACAUAGCCAACAAUUAUCCAGCCUAUCCAGACCCGAAUAUGGUUGGAGCAUCUCCUGGUUUCGGCGCGGCUUCUAGCUUCGGUGGAGCUCCUGGUUUCGGUGGAACUCCUAGCUUUGGAGCAGCUCCGGGCUUUGGAACAGGUCCUGGCUUCAGUGCAGCCCCUAGCUUUGGCCCAGCUCCUGGAUUCGGUACAGCUCCUGGCUUCGGCUUUGGAAGCUAUCCAGGCGCUUCAAGCCCUGCCGCGCUCAUGUACGGCAAUCCCAUGUCGUAUCCAAAUCCCCAGCUGCCCAACGGAUUCGUGCCCCAGCCAUCGGUGGACAACUUCUCGGCUCUGAACAACAUCGUGAACAUGGCCAAUGUCCAAGGACUGGGAGGAUCUAACCAAGGAUUCUAUCAAAAUCCCCAGCUGCCCGGUCUCUAUGCACCCGCCGGAGGCUACAUGGAGCGCAUGAACAUGCAAGGAUAUGCACCCGCCUUCUAAGGGAUGGCACAUACUCCACUAUAUACUUAAGGGCUUAUUUAUUUUAUUUAUUUAGCCAAUUAAAAGAGCAUUUAACCAGAA